AUGGACAUCGAUUGCAAAAUGAUCCACCAGUACUUCAUUCCACAAUUCAUCGGAAACACAGCACGUCCUGCACACACCUAUCGCCCCUACAUGCCUCAUCGUUCACCGCGGGGAAGCGCUGAUGCUCCUGUCGCCGUCCGGGACCUCGCGGAAUUGCGCAAACACCUGAGCUUCGCCCAUCGCCGCACGACAUACGAAACGCUGCUUAGCGUCGCCGUUGACGGUGUGCUGCCACGUGGUGCUCUCACCGAGCUUGCACAGAAGUUUCGCUGCCAUCCGCGAACGAUAACACGUCUGUGGACGCAAGCGCGUCUCUCGGUCCGCGACGGCUACCGUGCCGCCGAUGUUGCCACAAGAACUAAAGGGAAUUCUGGACGCCACGCGCUACGAACAAGCGACGAAAUUGAAGCUGCCAUAGGAAACGUGCCACAAAUGCAACUGCAGGCCUUGCCCUCUCUGUCGGCUGCGUGUGGAAUCCCUAUGACGACGAUCUUUCGCCACAUGAAGAAGAAUUCUCGCUUCAAGGCGGUGUCCAACCACGUCAAGCCCCAUCUCACCCUUGCGAACGUCGAAGAGCGGCUCAAGUUCGCCAUGUCCUUCGUUCGGUCUUUGCAAAGCAAAGUGGACGCCAUCUUUUCGACGACAUGCACGACUAUGUGCCUGUUGACGAAAAGUGGUUCUACGUGA